UAUAGAUCUUUAACUAGACAAACAAUAUUAUACAAAAAAAAAAAAACAAACAUGACACAAUUAAGACCUUUAAAUGCUGAAUUGGAAGAAAUCGCCUGCAAGGAAUUGAAUGAGAAUAAAACUCGUAUACCCAAUGAUUUAGAGGCUUUGCGUUUAUGGUUGGAGAAACAACCACAUUUGAAGGCAAGAACCCAUGAUCAGUUUUUGAUUGCAUUUUUGCGUUUUUGUAAAUAUAGUGUGGAAAGUGCCCAACAACGUAUAGAUUAUUUUUAUACUUAUAAGUCAUCGGCAAAGGAAUUGCUUAAGUCGCGUGGCAUUGAUGAUAAAAUUUUGGAUAUUGCACAAUCGGACAUAUUUUAUACCCUACCAAAGCCAGCUGGGCCUGGUGGUCCGCGUAUACACAUCAUGAUUAUGAGCAAUAUAAACCCUCCUUUGCACUCGGUGGCUGAUAUCUUUCGUUAUCAUAUAAUGCGUUGUGAAAUUGAAACAAAUACCGAUGACAAUUGGAAUAUAGCAGGCGUAAUCGAAAUUGUGGAUUUUUCCAAAAUACCAUUUGCUUUUCUAAAACAAUUUGAAUUGAGUUUGUUUAAACAAAUGGCAGCGGUUUUGGAGCAUGGUAUACCCACAAAUUUAAAGGGUACCCAUAUUGUGAACGCCUCAAGAGAAGUUCAACUUAUAUUGGGACUAAUACGGAAUGUGAUGAAACAAAAGGAAUUGUUAAAUGUUCAUCCGAAUUUGGAAUCAUUACAACGAGCCAUAGGUAAAGAAUAUUUACCUAUUGAAUACGGUGGUUCUAAUGGUAGUCUCAAGGAGGCCGGUAAAAAUUAUGAGAAACUUUUAAUGAGUUUUAAGUCUUACUUUGAUGAGGAUGAGAAAUAUGGCGUGGAUGAGAAAUUGCGGCCAGGAGCUCAAGGAGAAAUUGCGGCAAGCGGCUCAUUUAGUAAAUUUAAAGCAUAUUUUUGAUGUGAUUAUUUAGUUUGAAAUAUUAUUUAUUCCUUUUGUACACAAUCCAACUCUUUUAUCUUUUACCGCCAUUUUCACAAUGUUUAGUUAAUAUUAACCUAAAGUCAUAUAAAAAUUAGUUUAACAGACUUUAUGUUAAGAAAUAACCAGAUUUCCAGAAAAUGGAGCUUAUACGAGUAUAUUUAUUAUGUUUAAAUAUAAAAAUAAAAUUUUAUAAUGCCUAUAAA